GCUGGUUUUCCUAGUUUGUGUAUGUGUCAAUUUUAGGUAAUUUUAGGUAAUAUUAAAAGCAAAAUAUAAAGAAUAAUAACAAUAGGGUCAAAUAAACCAUAAAAAUGAACGUACCAGCAGCUCCAACAACCAGCAAGGCACCGCCUCCUCCCUCGAUUCAGGAAUUCAGCAUACGUGUGCCGAAAAACACUAAGAAAAAGCACAACGUGAUGCGAUUCAAUGCAACUAUGAACAUCGAUUUCACAAAAUGGUCUCAAGUAAAAUUAGAGCGUGAAAACAACAUGAAGGAAUACAAAGGACUCGAUGAAGAGAUGCCGAAAUUCGGUGCGGGUUCAGAAUUCGGUCGCGAUGCGAGAGAAGAAGCCCGUAAAAAGAAAUUCGGCAUCGUCAGCAGAAAGUACAAACCAGACGAUCAACCCUGGAUCCUGAAAUGCGGAGGAAAGACCGGAAAAAAAUUCAAGGGAGUGCGAGAGGGUGGAGUUGGCGAAAAUGCUUCUUAUUAUAUUUUCACACACGCUCAGGACGGAGCCAUUGAAGCAUUUCCCUUACACGAGUGGUAUAAUUUUCAGCCUAUUCAGAGGUACAAGUCUCUGAGCGCCGAAGAGGCAGAAAUAGAAUUUAGUCGUAGGAACACUGUAGUUAAUUUUUUUAAUUUGAUGACGAGAAGAAGACUGAGAAAUGAUGAAGAUGGUGCCGAAGAUGAGGAUUUGGCGGAUGGUGGGAAAGGCAAGAAAAACAAAAAGAAGGAAAAGGAUUUGAAGAUAUCAGAAAUGGAUGAGUGGAUGGAUACCGAUGAUGAGUCUUCCGAAAGUGAUGAAGAGGGUGAGAAAAAGAAAUCUGAUGACGAGGAGCAAAAGAAAAAGAAGAAAAAAGCCGCGGCUAAUCUGAAGAAGAAGAAGAAAAAGAUCGAUUCCGACGAGGAUCAUGCCUUCGAAGAAAGUGACGACGGAGACGAGGAGGGAAGAGAAUGCGACUACAUUUCCGAUUCUUCAGAAUCCGGAUCUGAUUUGGAGAAACAGAAAGAAAUCAAGGCAGUCGACGAAGAAGAUGCCAUGAGGAAAUUGUUGGCGUCUGAUGAGGAUGAUGAUGAGGACGAGAAUGAAAAGAAGGACGAUGAAGACAAAAAUGAGGAUGAGGAAAAUGGAGAAAAAGACGAGAAGGCAAAAAAGAAGGAGAAAGAUAAAUCAGGCAAAGACGGGGAUAAGCGGAAAGAUAAGAAGAAAAAGAAGAAGCAGUCGAAGAAAAAAGACGCGAAAAAAUCUGCACCCUCGAAAGAUUCGUCUAGCGAUUUCUCGAGCGACUCGGAUUCCGAUUCCGAUGUCCCUAAGGACAAAGAAAAAGACAUUAAGAAACCAAAUAGUGCACACAGUUCCAGGUCUGCUACUCCAACACCUGCUGCUUCAGUUUCGGAUUCUUCAAAGAGGAAGCACAAUGCUUCACCCGAUUUGUUGCAGUCGAAGAAAAUUAAGUUGGAUAACUUCAAUUCUGUACCAACGACACCUUUCAGUCCCAGUUCAAGCGAAUCUGGAAUCACGGAGGAGGCAGUUAGGCGUUAUCUGAUGCGCAAACCCAUGACUGCAACCGAACUUCUCCAAAAGUUCAGAUCUAAAAAGACUGGACUGACCUCCGACGAACUCGUCAACACCAUGACCGGAAUCCUGAAAAGAAUUAACCCCACGAAACAAACAAUCAAGAACAAAAUGUAUCUUUUCAUCAAAUCGCAACCUAAUUAGCCACGUGCUUGGCUUAGAUAAGUAAUAGCUAAUUUAUCCAAUCUUCCUAUUGACUUUUCUUCUUAGUUUUAAUGUUUUAAUGUUUCUAUAAAUCUUUAAAACCUUGCGAGCAAUAAAAGUGUGAUUAAACAUCAA